CUUCCUACAGCUGAACCCAGCUCUCUGUUACAGGUAAGACUAUUAAAUAACUAACUUUUUAAAGAUUUGAUGAGGAAGUUUUGCAAUUGUUUCAGUCUGUAGUGACAUUUUGGGUGAGAAGUUAACACUUAGAGCAAAACAAAGCUCUCAGAUUCAUGACCAAACUGUUAUCAGAUGAUUAAUACGGCAAAAGACUCGAUUUAGCUUUGAGUUUACUUCUUUAUUCUAACUUCACUGGGUUAUUUUUGUGCUUUUGCUUUGCUUAUGUGCCAUAUCAAAUAAGUUUGUGAUCUGUUUGGAUGUUUUGACCAGUUUUGUCUCACUAACAUUCUUCGCUUAGAUAAAAACAAAGCCAUGGACUCUGACUACUACAGCUCUUCUGUGAGUAGACUCUUCCCACCUUGUCUUUCAGUAUGACUCUGUUUGCCAAGGCGCAUUACUUCUAGAUAAUAUAAUCUGCUGGCUUGUGCUCUCUGAUUAGCUGCAUGCCUUGUCUUUCAAUGUUAUCUACAAUCCCUGAUGCAGGUAAUGAGUCCAGGUCAACUGCAAUGAUGCAAUACAGUCAUGUGCAAAGAUUUUCAUGCAUAGAAACUUAAUUAAACUGGGAAUUCAUGGGUGUAAGUUCAUCAAAACUAAUUUCUGAGUAGACUUUUUCAUCACUGAUACUCUUAAAUGAUAAACCUUCAACAUCUCCUCUCUAAUGUUUGGAAUACAAUGAAAACUGACUUUUAUCUCAGUCUGUCACCACCUUCAUGGUAUGUCUGCUUCCACUAUCUGCUACUCUAUCUCUCUCUUUUUUCCUUGUUUCACAAUCCCUUUGCACCCUGCCAGUCAGGUCUCACACUUCUGACCGGAUUUGUCUCGGAUUUGUGAUGUACCUGUCUUGAAGUCCUUGCAGAGUUUUUUAAAGUUUGACUAAAAUCCCUUUUCUUAUCUCGUCUACAGAAGAUGUGUUGGGGUACCCUCGGAACGGUGCGCCCCUUCUCUAAUUUCCAUCCUGACCGGGAUGCGAUCGCAAUCCAGGCUGCCCUGGAGAAAAAAGGUAGAUCAACUGGUUUGGAGAGUCAGGGUGGCAUUACUAGUUUGCAGUGCACACAUCGAAUUACUUUUUCAUAUCAUCCCAGCCCUGUUGUCAAACAUAAUGUUGUUUUAUCAUUCAAAACAAACUCUGUAUUUGGUUUAGAUGCAACAACUCUGACGAAUAUAUUUACCAAUCGAAACAACGCUCAGAGACAAGUGAUCGUCCAAACAUUUGAGGAACUCACUAAAAAGGUAAAGACACAAAUGACCUCUUCAUGUGUAUCAAAAUGCAUUAUAACUGCAUUGACUUAACUUUAGAAGCAACCAAACAAUAAUCCCAGUGAGUUAAGCAAUGCACCAUCAUGUAGAGUUGCAGCAAUGAUACCGUAAGUCUCAAGUGUGUGUUUACUUUGGCUGUUUGCACAUCAAACAUAACAGAAACUGAACCAAAGGGGUUGAACACGCCUUUAUUUAGAGAGGGAGUAGGUCCGCAUACGCAGUAUAAACUGAUAUACUUUAACAGAGAAUAUAAUGGACACAGAAGUUAAACAUCGACUGCAGUUGGUCAACAACAGAUGAAGUUGAUGGGUUGUACCUUAACAUUCACAAUCAAACAGUUGUUCACACGUCUGUCCUUUUUGUCACUAUAACCUUAAAGCUAUCACUUCCUGCAACACAAGGAGGGAGAAUCUAGAAAACACACUUUAAAUCUGUCCAACUGUGGUCUAUCAAUACUUCAAAACUGCCAUCAAAGUUUCUGUUUGUUUGUUUUUGGUAUUAUUGUUUAUUCCUAGGUAUGCUUCAUUGAAACAUUUUCCCCCCAGUAAGUCUAUCGAAUUAAACGUUUCAGUGUGUAUGUUGAGUUUUCAAUGAACUUUUCUUCUAGGACCUUGCUAUAGCUAUUAAAAAGGCGACUUCUGGAGACCUGGAGGAUUUGCUGCUGGAGCUGCUGAUGCCUCCUCUGCAGUACGAGGCUCGCCGCCUGCAGCAGGCCAUGGCAGUAAGUCAAUGUUUGUGUGUUUCUGCGUGUAUUUUGUAAUGCUCGGUGAGUGAUUUCUGACUCAAAACCUUCUGAUUUUAUCCAACAUGACUGUAAUUAUAGGGUUUAGGUACUGACGAGGAAACACUACUUGAGAUGCUGUGUACACGAUCUGGGAAGAAGCUUCAAGAAAUCAGUGCUGCUUACACACAGGGUGAGUCACAGAACUAUUUUCUGAGUCUUUAUCAAAGGCUGAAGAGGAGAUUAAAACCCCUAAUCCAUAAUUUCGAUGUGUGCUGAUAGCAUUUCCCAUGUUGCUUCUUCGUCUCUGUUUUCAGUGUAUAAGAAGGACCUGGAAAAGGAACUGAAAGCAGAAACCAGUGGAGACUUUGCCAAGCUUGUUAUAGCUUUGCUAAAUGUAAUUUGAUUUUUUUUUUUGCUUUACUAUCACCUCAUCUUAUUGAUAAAGCUACUGACUGUAAAUCUAUUGCAGACUUUUGGUAAAGAAACACUUGUAGACACUGAUUUCCUGUCUUUGAUGAUAAACAGAAAUGUAUCUUGGCUGUGAAAUAACAGAGGAGUGACAUACAAUAACAGCAUGAAUUUUAUACCUCACUUUGGUCAUCAAGUGUUUUCUCUCUCCUGUCCCAACAGAAAGAAAGUGUUCCUGCAGGGGUUCAAAGAGAUAUCGGGGUAAUUAUUUCAUAAUCCUGUCCUGUGCAAAUGCUGAUUUCAAAUGCAAUAUAGCAGUUCAGAGGCUAAGUAGCUCAUGUUAGAAAUCCAGUUUUUACCACUUCAAAUUCAACAGAGCCAUGUGGUCCAUGUGGUGAAAACUCAUUCAAACUCUGGUACCAACCAAACAAGCAAACUCUGAUCCACUUGGAAAUGAGGGGCUCGGUUUGCUUCCAAGCAAACUCUGAAGUGUGAAAGAACCGCAGACCAACCUGUAAACCAAAUAUAGCAAGUGGUACACUGGAUCAUGAGUCUGAGUGUCAAUAUCACUUGGCAUCUGUGCAGCCAAGGCAACACGCCAUAGUCUCUCACUCUCAUAAGGGCUUGCCUUUUUUGUUGAUAGAGCUGGACAGUUCACUGCCUGUAUUAUAUCAACAUCAAAGUAAACACAGAAACCCUGAAAUUUCUGUUGUUUGUGAUGAAUAAGCAGCUGAAAGGGGAUGAGUUUCUGCUCUGACAUGAUUCAUCCACAGACUAUGCAAUCCAUUGUUUAACCAUACCUCAUGCACACUGUAUUGAGCUGCUUUCUGAGUGUUUUCUUUUUUAUUCUUAAAGACUCUCUCGGCAUCAUUAAACGCGAAAAAAGCCGAUGCAGACCCGUGGAUAGAAAUACUGACUUCACGAGACCUGAGCCAUCUUGAGAAAGGUGAGGCAAUAACUCGGGUAUUUCUUAAAAAAGUUCCUGCAUAUGUAAAUCUGUGUUACCCAGCAUCAUCCCCUUGUAGAUAUUAAUGGAUGUGUCCGUUAUACCGACAGUGCUGAUGGGUCUGGAAGUGGAGACAGAACAGACGGUGGAACAGGCUGUGGAAAAACACUUCAGUGGAGAUGUUAAACUGGGUUUAUCGAUUUUAGGUACAAGUUCUACUAGACUGCACGAUAACUUUUAAGCUCUCUGCAUGUAGACUUGCCACUGAUACAUACUUGUUCCCCCGUUUUCACAACAGUACAGUGCAUUCAAGCGCCUUAUGUCUACCUUGCCAAACGACUAACUACAAUGAAGGUAAGAAAAUUUUUACAUGUGGUGAUGAGUAACUGUUAAAUAAUAAUUCACAUCUGUUUUCAUACAGGUAUCAUGACUGAAAGUUACAAUCAGAAUGGUUAUAUUAACUUUAAAGUAGCUAUUUAUAAGGGGGUGCAUCAGUGUGUUAGCUGAGCAUCAGUAUCAGCUAAUAUUUACCAUUAGCUAAUAUAAUACUUCUGUAGUCGUGCAACUUUGUGCAUCAAUUUAAAGCAACUGUGAGGAACUUUUGUUUUGUUUUGAUUAUGGCGCCCCCCUAUGGAUGGAGCGGUAUCUCAUAUCUUGUAUUUUAAACAGAUGUGAGCAGUUUUACUCACUGUAAAUGUUUACUAUGACAUUGUUUUUUUAAAGUCUGCUUCUUCUUCUCCUGUCGUCAAUCAUCUGGUCCGACUCUGCUCCCCUCACAGCAGGUCCAGGCUUUGAAAAUUACAAUACAGAAAAUAUGAGUCUUAUUGGUGAUGGUCUAGUCUGCUGUUAAAGGUCAUUAGUUUCAGUCUGUUUCUCAGCCAGUUUUAAACUCAACAAAAGCCCCUUUGUAGACAAAUAUGACGGUCAUUUACUGCAUAUACUUUAAUGCAUAUUUGCUCAAAAUGUAACCAUCAAAACUUGAUAUCUUCUUCUUUCAGGCGCCCAUAGUGCAGGGGAUCAUGAUAUCCCACUGCGAGGAGGAUCUCCUGUAUAUCCGAGUGGCUUUUAAGAAAUUAACAGGAACCUCUCUCUACACAGCUCUACAGGUGCGUCACACUUACCACCCUGGACUAGAUACAAAACCUUGAAAUGCUUGCAUUAUCAUACUGAUGUGAUGUGACUUUUCCAGUAGUGUUAUUUUUAUAAAUCAUUUAAAAAAACUAACUUUUUAUUUUUGCUGUCAUUUUUACAAGUUUGCUUCUUCCUUUUCCAACAGAGCAAGUUCAAAGGGGAAUAUCUCCAAGCUCUGCUGGCCAUCUGCCGAUCUGAAGACUAAUAACGCCUGCGACAUUUGAAUUUGUACACUUUUUAUUCAGCUCUGUUUCUCUUUGAAUCGCAUUACACUUGUAAAAAAAAAUAAACCUUGUUCUCUAUCUCAACUUUUAAUAUUUUACAGAAGCUCAUUUCCCUAACAUGUGCCUGUUUGAUCGAUCUUUGCAAAUACACGAAGCUGAACAUGUGAAAAGAAGUUGUGUUAUUUUAUGAGUGCGGUUUGGUUGGUGUUUUUUUUUUUAUUACUUAUAGUACAUGCUGCUAAACUUCCCCUUUAGCUGGAUCAUUAGUCAGCAUACAUUGGCACUCGUUACAAACCAACUUCAGUACAAGCUAUAAAGAGAUUGUUCCUUUUUUACAAAACAUUUCAAUGUUUUCUUUACACAUAUAUCUUUCAAUAACCUUAAAAUACUGACAAAGACAAGAUUCCUAAAUAAACUCCUGAACUAUGACUUUCUGUGGUCCUGCAGAUUCAUGCUUGUUAACAUAUACAAACAUCUGCUAAAUGUGCAACUUACAGAUCAUUUG